UUUUACUCGUUUAUUGUAUUAUUCUUCACACCCAAAUAUUUAAAACAGGUUUUACGAGCAUUAAAUUUAAUCAUGUAUUCAAACGAUAAACGGUUUGCUAAAAUUGGUGGAGAUCCAAAAUUCAAAAGAGUACCUAAAGCUGAUCGAAAAGUAAAGAUUGAUAAACGAUUUCAAUCUAUAUUUAAUGACAAACGGUUUAAAGUGAAGUACACUAUUGAUAAAAGAGGAAAACCUUUACGUGGUUCUACUACUGAAGACUUUAAAAAAUUUUAUCAUAUGUCUGAUGAGGAAGAAGAAGAAGAAGAUGAUGAAGAAGUAAAAGAAAAAGAUGAUGAAACCAAUUCUGAACAAGAUUCUGAUGAUGAAAAUAAUGUUAGUCAAGAAUCAGGUGAACAAUCAUUAGUUGAAAAUGAUGAUGAAGAAGAAACUAAUAAAAUCAGUAGAAAAAUAAAAAAUCGACUCAAAGAUAAAACGAUAGAUUAUGCUCGAGGCGAUGGUGAGUUGUCUGAUAGUUCAUCAGAUGAUGAUACAUCUUCUGACGGAGAAAAUGAAGAAAAUGUAGAACAUUGUUGGGGAGAACUUGAUAAAGAUGCUGACAAUGUAGAAGAAGCAACGUCAAGAUUAGCUCUAUGUAAUAUGGAUUGGGAUAGGAUACAGGCAGCUGACUUAAUGAUACUUUUUAAUUCAUUUACCCCUAGUGAUGGUUAUAUAAAAUCUAUUACUAUUUAUCCAUCAGAGUUUGGUAUGAAACGAUUAGAAGAAGAAGAAGUUAAAGGACCUCCUGAACUUAUAUCUAAUAAUCCCAAGGAAAUUGGUUCUUCUGAUGACAGCGAACAAGAAGAAGAAGAAGGUAGAAAAUACCACAUGGAAAAACUACGAAAGUAUCAAUUAGCAAGACUUAAAUAUUAUUACGCUAUAAUUGAAUGUGAUUCUCCAGAAACUGCUAACAAAAUAUAUACAGAUUGUGAUGGUAUAGAAUAUGAAAGCAGUGCCACACGAUUGGAUUUACGAUUUGUACCUGAUGACACUGAAUUUGAUCAAGAGCCAAAAGAAGUAUGCAAUAAAUUACCAGAUAUGACUAAAUACAAACCACAUUUAUUUACCACCACUGCUUUACAACAAGCUAAAGUAAAUCUAACAUGGGAUGAAACAGAUCCAAGACGAAAUGAAUUAGUCAACAAGCUUAAAACUAACCCAAAAAGUGAAAUUGAUGACAGUGAUUUACAAAAAUAUGUAGCUUUUAGUUCAGAAGAUGAGGAUAUUGAUGAUAAAAAUAUACAAUCAGAUGAGAAAUGUAAUGAAGAUAGUGGUUCUAAAAAAAAUCCCAUUGAUAAAUAUAAAGAAUUAUUACAAAACAUUCAAGAUGAAGAAGAGAAAAAAGCUAAUAAAGAUAACGAAUUAGAAAUUUCUUGGGGAAUAGGCCUUCAAGAAAAAGUACAAAAAUCGGUAGAUGAAAAAUCAAAGAAAAAUUUAACACCAUUCCAGAAAAUGAUGGAAAAAAAGAAAGAAAGAAUGAGAGAAAAACAGCAAUUAAAAAAAGAAGCAACGAAAAAAAAAGAUAAUGAAACAGAUUCAGAUAGUGAAAAUAAAAAAAUCAAACAACAAGCAGAACUAGAGUUAUUACUUAUGGAUGAAGAACCUAGUGAAAAACAACAUUUUAAUAUGAAAAAAAUUCAAGAAGAAGAAACAAAAAGUUCAAAAAAGAAGAAUAAAAACAAAUUAAAGAAGGAAAAACCUAAUGCUGAUGAAUUUUCAGUUGAUGUAAAUGAUGAUCGAUUUUCUGCGAUGUAUACAUCUCAUUUGUAUAAUAUUGACCCUGCUGAUCCAAAGUUCAAAAGGACAAAAGGCAUGGAAGCAUUUAUUCAUGAAAAGGCAUCCAGGAGGCAACAAUAUGAUACUGAAAAAGUUGAUGUUCCUCCCCUGAAGAAAAGCAAACCGUCAAUUAAUAAUCCAGAACUAUUUAAUCUUGUGAAAUCUGUUAAAAGUAAAACUAAACACAUUGAAUAAAUUUCUUAUUGAAUAAUAUAUGAUUGUUUAGUAUCUAACACA